AUGAAAGAUUCCACUUUAAGAAAUGCUACUUUUAAUGAAGAAUUUGAUGUUCCAUUUGAUAUGUACGAGAAUCGAAAAGCGAGAAAACGUAAAGCGGUUAAAGAUUCCACUUUAAAACAUACAACUUUUAAUGAAGAAUUAGAUGUUCCGUUGAUUGGGUACAAGAUUCCAAAAGCGAGAAAAUAUCAAGCGAUUAAAAAUACUACUUUUGAUGAAGAAUUAGAUGUUUCCUGUGAUUGGUACGAGAAUCCAAAAGCAAGAAAAGAUAACGCAAUUAAAGAUUCCACUUUAAAAUUUACUACUUUUGAUCAAGAAUUAGAUGUUCCGUUCAAUGGGUACAAGAUUCCAAGAGCGAGAAAAUAUCAAGCGAUUAAAAAUUCCACUUUAAAAAAUACUACUUUUAAUGAAGAAUUAGAUGUUCCCUGUGAUGGGUACGAGAAUCCAAAAGCGAGAAAAGAUAAAACAAUUAAAGAUUCCACUUUAAAAAUUACUACUUUUGAUCAAGAAUUAGAUGUUCCGUUCAAUGGGUACAAGAUUCCAAGAGCGAGAAAAUAUCAAGCGAUUAAAAAUUCCACUUUAAAAAAUACUACUUUUAAUGGAGAAUUAGAUGUUCCCUGUGAUGGGUACGAGAAUCCAAAAGCGAGAAAAGAUAACGCAAUUAAAGAUUCCACUUUAAAAAUUACUACUUUUGAUCAAGAAUUAGAUGUUCCGUUCAUUGGGUACAAGAUUCCAAGAGCGAGUAAAUAUCAAGCGAUUAAAAAUUCCACUUUAAAAAAUACUACUUUUAAUGAAGAAUUAGAUGUUCCCUGUGAUGGGUACGAAAAUCCAAAAGCAAGAAAAGAUAACGCAAUUAAAGAUUCCACUUUAAAAAUUACUACUUUUGAUCAAGAAUUAGAUGUUCCGUUCAAUGGGUACAAGAUUCCAAGAGCGAGAAAAUAUCAAGCGAUUAAAAAUUCCACUUUAAAAAAUACUACUUUUAAUGGAGAAUUAGAUGUUCCCUGUGAUGGGUACGAGAAUCCAAAAGCGAGAAAAGAUAACGCAAUUAAAGAUUCCACUUUAAAAAUUACUACUUUUGAUCAAGAAUUAGAUGUUCCGUUCAUUGGGUACAAGAUUCCAAGAGCGAGUAAAUAUCAAGCGAUUAAAAAUUCCACUUUAAAAAAUACUACUUUUAAUGAAGAAUUAGAUGUUCCCUGUGAUGGGUACGAAAAUCCAAAAGCAAGAAAAGAUAACGCAAUUAAAGAUUCCACUUUAAAAAUUACUACUUUUGAUCAAGAAUUAGAUGUUCCGUUCAUUGGGUACAAGAUUCCAAGAGCGAGUAAAUAUCAAGCGAUUAAAAAUUCCACUUUAAAAAAUACUACUUUUAAUGAAGAAUUAGAUGUUCCCUGUGAUGGGUACGAAAAUCCAAAAGCAAGAAAAGAUAACGCAAUUAAAGAUUCCACUUUAAAAAUUACUACUUUUGAUCAAGAAUUAGAUGUUCCGUUCAUUGGGUACAAGAUUCCAAGAGCGAGUAAAUAUCAAGCGAUUAAAAAUUCCACUUUAAAAAAUACUACUUUUAAUGAAGAAUUAGAUGUUCCCUGUGAUGGGUACGAAAAUCCAAAAGCAAGAAAAGAUAACGCAAUUAAAGAUUCCACUUUAAAAAUUACUACUUUUGAUCAAGGCUAA